AUGUCUUCCCGGAGAUCAGGAACCACAGUUGCCAAGAAGGAAGAAGUUAAGACCUCUUCGACGGUGCGGAGAAACUCCUUUGCAGGCCCUGACAAGCCCGCCAAACCGGAGGACCAGAAGAAAACCCCCAAAUCGGUUGGAGGAAUCGACAGCUUGAUCGCAUCAGUUUCCAAGAUUUCCAUCUCGAAAGAGGACGACAAGACAAUAGAUGCUGCUGCGCCUAGAAUUGUCUCGAAUACAACAGUAGAAGUGGUUAAGACGGAAAAGAAGACUACUACAACAUCAUCGACGGAGACGACUACAGCUACGACGACGACGACGACGACGACGACGACGACACUUCCAAAGACCCUCGACGAAGAUGACGACGAAUUAUCCACAAAGUCUCCAAUUGUUGAAGAUGUUACGGCCUCAUAUGUCUCCUCGAUGAAGGAGAUUCUGUCUUCGUUCGAUAAGACUUUGCAACUUGAUGAGCCUGCCGAGAAGAAGACCAUUCUUUCUAGGUCGAAAGAGCCGGUCGUUGUUAAGAAGGAGAAGGAUACUGCUUUGCCGCUCCCACGAUUCUUGAUCACCGGAUCCGCUAGCGAUGAUGUUUCCAGAGCCCCAAUGCCAAAGAGACGGACAAUUCCAAUCAUGAAGAAGGAAGCAUCUGAUUCUGUCCAGUCGCCAUCUUCGGUUACUCCAGCAGUCGGUGAGAAGGAAUCUGAGAAGGACGACAAGACCGUCAGGUGUGCGCCAUCGCCAGUUAGGGCCCAAGAACCUUUGCCAAAGGGCCGUGGCCGCUCCAAGACGAAUCCAAAUCCAUUCGAGGAGGGAGAUAUCUCAAGAUCAUCUAAGCAGGCAACCCAGAGGAGAAGAUUUGCUCAGAAUACUAGCCCAUACGGAUGCAAUCCUGCCGUCAACGUUCAAACUAACAGCUACGAUGUUACUAUCGACGAUAUCUUGGCUAGCCACCAUCGCAAUAGCAUGUCUCAACUUGAACUUUACGGAUUCCCAGAAAUGACGUCGGCAGGCCUCAAUCUUGGCCUUGAUACUAGCCUUACCGGAAAUGCCGACAUCUACGCUUCCUUCUCUGCUUCUCCCACUCCGGAGUUGAUUGAUCCUAAUGAGGUUGAGGCUGGCCUUGGUGUCUAUUCUUCGCCAAUCGCCCCUCUUACCCCUCCUUCGACUACAAACAUCGACUUCUCCCAGAGUGCCUUGCAUUCGCCAUACAGAUCUCCAAAUGUCUACUAUGCCACCAACAACAUGCCGGUCACUCAGGGCUGGUCGGCUCAGGCCUCGACUAUCGGUUCUCCCAGCGGAUCCGCCAUGUCCGUUCACUCUGCCACUCCGACUGGCUUGAAUGCAGAUGCGGUCAUGGAAAUGAAGCGUUUGAUCCUUCUUCCAUUGUCUCAGGACUCCUCUCUCCUCCAGUUCACACCUCUCAUCGCCGCUGCCUCUAUGCGCCUUGAUGAAGGUCGCAUCUCUUGCCUCCGUGAUUUGGAGAAGUAUCUUCUUUUCAGGUCUCAGGAAAUGUCACCAUCCCCUCAGACUUUCGUUCACUUCUGUGAAAAGUUCCUCUUCCGCUUCCAGAACGCCCUGGGCUCCAUCGAGGCCGUUGGUGGUGACCUAGCUCGACCAAACGACACUCCUUACUAUGAUGGGUACUUCAUGGACGUCCUUGCCCACCACAGAGAGGCCUUGCUCUCCCAGAUGGUGUCUGUUUCUGCCGCCCAGGCUCCAGCUCCAGCUGUCACCAUCCUCCAGCGUCCUGUCUCCAGCAUCCACGGACCUCAAAUGCCAAAGCCAAUGGCACCACAGAAUGGAAUCCGCAAGAUGUCGACCAUGCACCGACCUCAGUCCAGUAUCAACGAGAAGCUUCAGGAGCAGCUUCUUGCCGCUCUUGAACAGCGUGCUAGCAUCCACGAGCUUGCCACUCUCGGUGGUCUCUUUGACAUUCCUUCUCGGGACUUGCCAAUCUCUCCCGUUUCCCAGCACCAGGAUCUUGGUGGUUCUGAUGACGGCUCUGACGACAACCAAGCUCGCAUGAACCCUCUCCUCCACAAGCAGCGCAAAAAGUCCAUCCAGAAGCCACAAGGCGGCCACGUCUGCCUUCACCGCGAUGAGGAUACCGGCGCCAUCUGUGGCAAGAAAUACAACCGCCCAUGCGAUCUCAAGAAGCACGGCAAGACCCACUCCCGUCCACACAAGUGCUCCGAGCCAACUUGCCUCUACCAUGAGAAGGGGUUCCCAACCGAGAAGGAGCGUGAUCGUCACGAGACCGACCGUCACAGCGAGUCUCCACAAAUGUGGUACUGCGAGUUCCCACCCUGCCCCUACAAGUCCAAGCGCGAGAGCAACUGCAAACAGCACAUGGAGAAGCAACAUGACUAUGUGUAUGAACGCAGCAAGCACAACCCUCGCAACCCCAACGGAAACGCUGUCAAGAACCAGCAACCCGGUCGCAAGAACUCCGACACCCCAAAGUCUGCCACCAAGCCAAAUGGUCCAGUUACUUCCAUCUUCGACCAUGGCAUCUCGACCCCCCCACAUGACGUCAACGCCUUUAUGCCUACUCUCGAUGAAACCAACGAGAUGGCCAAGAUUCAGCAGAUGUACCUCUUGACCCCAUCCCCGGAUACCCCACAAACCUUCCGCAGCGGAUCCGUCGAUAGCACUGCUGAUAUCCAGCAACAAGGCGACCUCUCUGGCGUCUACAACAACAACUGGAACCAGUUCAACACCUGGCAGCAAAUCCCCACCACCAAUGGCGGCUGGAUGGCCAACCCGGGGUUGAUCGUGGAGUAA